GGUGGAAGAAGAAGAAGAAGUAUGGCCACUGCUCCGGGGACGAAGAAGAAGAAGAACGACGUUCGACGCCGAGACAGCUGAGACCGAGCAAGACAUACCGACGCCGUUGUUACUACACGUAGUGUCCGAUAGCAGGGGAAUAGGUGCCCAUCCAACAUCAACUGACUGCCAGGCAUUGCAAUGCAAAGUCCAGUGGCAGCAACGAAAAAAUCGAAAACCACAACGGUAUUGGUCUUUGGCGUGAUCAUUGGUAUUCUCGUGGUGGCUGGCAUCGUGUACGCGGUCCUGAGUGUCUCCUCAUCGUACUCAAAAACUGGCCCCGGUGGUACGUCGAAUACGACUGGUGCAUCCACGGACAAUGGCACAGGAUCCUGCCCGGUGAAGAUCGAACUAGCCGCAGGAACCAUAGAAGGACGUAUCACCGACGUGGCAGGCGUACCAAACACCAAAGUUCGUGCUUACCAGGGUGUUCCUUUUGCUCAGUCGACCGCAGGAGCGAAUAGAUUUAAGGCGCCUCUUCCUAUCAGCGAGUACCCUAACAAGUUCGUGGAUGCCACGGUAUCGCGGGAGGGCUGCACUCAAACUCCUUCUUAUACGACCGCGAGGAGCUCCGCACAGACAACCGAAGACUGUCUCCAUCUGUCCAUAUGGUCCCCACUGGCGUGCGGCUCAGAAGCUAGAGCUGUCGUCGUCCUGAUAGCUAACGAAUGGUUCGAAGAAGGGCAGGACCCCAGCCUAUUGGACGGCACGCAUAUGGCAGCGAUAGCUGACGUUGUCGUGGUCGUCCCGAACCACCGGCUUGGUCCGUUCGGCUUUCUGAUCGUAAACGACACCGUGAAGAACGCCGCAAUGUACGAUAUCCUUGAGGCGUUGAGGUGGGUGAAGAAGAACAUUGGCGCCUUUGGAGGCAACGCAAGAAGAGUGACAGUGGUUGCUCACGAUGCCGCUGCCCUCAUGACUGCACAGCUGCUGCGAAGUGAAUACAGGCAGCUGACAAGGCUCUCUCGGCGUUUGGUCCUGCUUGGGAUGGGAGCUUUAACGAGGCUGCCCCGGAACACUUUCGAAAGCACUCGGGAACUCUCUAAGACAAUCACGGGGGGAAGCUGCAACACGGCGUCAGAUACUGCAGUAAUUGAGUGCCUUUUGAAGUCUCCAGUGGCGGAUAUAGCGAAGGCUGUACUGGACAUGAAACUUCCUAUGAGAUUCGUGCCUGUGUUUAAAAAGAGUGAGCAUUUGUUACAGGGCGUCCAGGUUCUUGCAGGUAGCACCGUAAAUGAGGGGGACGUUGUGUUCGACGCACAUAUUUUUCCCUAUUUGAAGAAAAGAGGAAUCACAGACGCACGAGGUAUUGUGGGCAAGCUACUGGAAGUCUUUGUGGGAAAGAUGGAUGCCCUACUAGACCUUAUUAUGAACCAUAUUAAGGAGGAAUACGACUUCGAUGCUCCAGGCUACAGAGGACUGAAGGACAUAGCAGGAAAUUUGCUUUUCAUCUGUCCUCUGGAGAAGAUGCUGACCAAUAUGCACCAGUCAAAUGCCGAAGUGUACCAUUAUAUUCUCGCGUAUAAGCCAAAGUCAAGCAAGUGGUCGUCGCCCAAUAGCACAAGCCUGGAUCAGCUCCUACUCUUGUCUGGAGUACCAUUCCAGGAGAAGAACAGCAACAGCGACGACGUCGCAAUGUCUCGGAAGCUGAUCGAGAUUGUAACAGGGUUUGCCAAAAAUGGUACGCCGGCCGACGUAGGGGGCCUACAGUGGCCGCCAUAUGGAAGCAGCAAAUCCCUCCUGAUCAAUGUGGCCCAGGCACAGGUGGAAGAGAAGUGGCGCUCUGAUCCCUGCAAAGAAAUUAAUGCGUUCACCUGAUGUUCCCUGUUAUAUUCGCGUUUAUUUCAGUAGUACAGUAGUACAGUUAUGAGGAAAUGGCAAGCGAUAUGUGAACGGCAACGACAUGCGACAUAUGUUCCAUCGAAAGCAUGCCUACAUUAAAGAAUGUGACGUAACA